AUGACCAACAUCAAGGUUAUAAACAUUGUAGUUGAGUUACCUUUGACUCCAUCAACAUCAACUACGACUGCUGCUGGUCCUACUACACCUGGGUGGCUAAAGAAUGACUUCACUUGUCAACCAUAUAGUCGUGCAAGGUCAAACGUUGGCCUACGCAUGAUGUUCAAACAGCCAUUGUCAACAAAGACUAAGACAACAACAGUUGAUAUUGAUAUCAACUUGCCAAUCAAACAUGUAUUGCCAGACAUUCGUAAUAACUAUACAUGCUUCUAUCCGAAUGAUAAACGACCUCAAUCAAUAUCAAUAAGGAUACCCUAUUCAUUCGCCAUUGUUGAUGAUGACAAUGAGAAAGACCCGUCCCAUAUGGACGACGACGAGUCUCGUCUUGCAAAGUUGGCCGAAGACCAAGCAUCAAUCAUUCGAGAUCAUUUGGAAACUACUACAAGGACUGAAGCGUUUGCAUCGUGCGUCCUUUGCAGACAUCCCCUCGUUGCCAAUAUAAACAAUGUCAAGUGUCUACCUUCGUCCAGUUGGACCGAGUUGGCCGAUGUCUGGCUAUGUGGAUGCACUGGUGUCGCACAAUUCAAUGGAUUGCCACAUGACAUUGGAUCAAUGCAAGAUCAAUGUCUUGUAGGUGACACCUUUAUGUUGUUCAAUAUCAAUAACAUUGUCAAUGGAUCAUUGCAGACCGAUGAGAUCAGUCAUCCCCUGGUGGGUUCAACAACACCUAUGCAUCAUCAACAUAUUGUACAAUGCUCAUGUUGUCAACAUGAACUUGGAGUCAAAGACCCAACAAUCAAUGGCAUGUCUAACACUUCAAACAUGGGACUCUAUGUUACUACAAGGUACCACCAGCAGUAUCCACAGUGA